ACACAUAACAAUUUAAGUAAUAAAAAUAUUGGUCAACAUCAUGUCAUAAAUUUUUAUUCUAAAAUUUUUUAUCAAGGAUAAAAUUUGGAACGCUGCAGCAAAUCGCUAUAUAUCUUAUCAUCUGGGUGUGUAACUGGCUCCAGCAAAUAAAGUAUCUCCAAAUUAACGCUGUCGUUUUCAAUAUUGGUUCUAGGAGGGACAUGGGAAGGAGUCCUUGCUGCAACGUACAAGGAUUGAAGAAAGGUGCGUGGACACCAGAGGAAGACCAGAAGCUUCUUUCUUAUAUUCAACAACACGGUGAAGGAGGCUGGCGUUCCUUACCCCAAAAAGCUGGCCUUUCGAGAUGUGGAAAGAGCUGCAGAUUGAGAUGGGCUAAUUACUUAAGACCUGAUAUUAAGAGAGGUGCAUUCAGCCCAGAGGAAGAACUGACUAUUGUUCGACUUCAUUCUGUUCUAGGCAACAGGUGGUCUGCCAUAGCCAAAAAUCUACCAAAACGAACAGACAACGAAAUCAAAAAUCAUUGGAAUACUCGCCUAAAGAAAUGCUUGAUCGAAUCAGGAACAUAUCAUCAUCAAAAUUAUAAUUCUUCUUCUACUACUUCAACUAUUCAAUUGAAAAAAAAUGAUGGAACUGAUCCAGCAAAAUCAAUAGGCUCAAAUACUUCAACUACUACUUCAGCUCAUUUACUACUCAAUGAGCUAGCUGCAUCUCCCAAGCUCAAAUCCUCUAAUAAUUCCCUUGCUUUACUCUUAUCCCAACCAUACGGGGCCGGCAAUGGCGAUGGCGACGUUGAAGGCGCCCGACAUAAAAAGGUCUUGAAUUCGGUAACUGUGCUUAACAAAUUGGCCACCACUUGUUUAAAACACAAUGAAUUACCAAACUGCACAAUUCAUGAUACUCUCAAGACAGUUUUAUCCAAAUCAUGUGCCCCAUCUUGUGAUGCUGCAAAACAUAGUAAGAGUUCCAGUAUUUCAAUUCCAAUCAUCGAAAUACCUAAUAAAUGUAGUACUGUUAUGGAGAGUACAAAGGAGGGGAAUGGAUCAAUAUUAGACCAAGAGGCAAAGUAUGUGAAUCCUGCCACAUCACCUCGGGUAAUAGUAUUGAAUGAGAUGGCUUCAAAGUUGGCUCAAGUGAAACGACGUUGUCCUGCGUUGCUUAAUAAAAGUACGGACUUGGUAGCAAGCGGUGUUGUGACCGAGUCCAAUGGGUCAUCACCGGCUUUGCAAAUCCCUGGCCCUGCUGAGUCACCUGUUUCCCGCAAUGAUCUGUGGCUACUCCAUGACAUCGGGUUCCGCACACGAGGGUUAUCCUCGGAGGAAACUCCUGGUGCCAAGGACGAGUUGAAGUAUGUUACGUUUAGUGAACUUGGUGAUGAACUUGAUCAAGUUGAUCAGUUUAUGAGAAACUUGAUGUCCAAUUUUGGAGAUGAUCUCAUUAAUUGAUAUAUAAACUUGUGACUUAUCCACCAAUGUACUCCAAGUUUUUGUAAGAUCCAUGUACUUUUUUUUCCCUGUAUAUGUAUAUUAACACACUACAACAAAUGAGAUUUUUGCUAGCGUAUUUUUGUGCUCGCAAUAAUUGGGUAUUGUGAUGGUAAAACAAUAUUUACUUGUACAGGUGCCUUUUUGCG